AUGAAAUACUUAAUUGUGUUGAUAAUAUAUCUACUUUGUUUAAAAUACCAGCAAAGUGCACCAACAUCUACAGACUUAGAGGACAUUUCUCUCAGCAAGAAAGUGAAAGCACUUUCCAAACUUGGAGAGGAGCUUGUAGUAGAUGAGAUAAGAAAAGCCUUAAUGGGUAUAAAACACAUGAAGAAGAUUAUAGAAAGAAACGAGGCAAAACAUGAAAAUAUACUGAAAUCUCUGAAGAAAACCAAAGAAGAAAGCCAGGAAGCUGUGAGGCUCCUUCAGGAUAUUAAUGAAAAGCUGAAUGAAGCAGAAUCACAAUGUAAACAAUCCCUCAAAGCUGAGUGGGAAGCAUGUGAAGCUUGUCUUGAUGGGUCUUGCAUCAAAUUCUUCAUAAACAGCUGUUCCCAGCAGGAUUUGGAGACAUUUGUUGUUAAGGAAUUAUCUAAAGAGCCAUCACCAAUGAGUCUAAUAUCUGGAAGCACUGAAGAAGAAUAUAAAAGUAAACACUACAUGGCUGCUCAGCUCAGCAAGAAAGAGAGCCUGUUCAGUCAGCUGAUGUCAGAGGCCCGGACCCUAUUUAAUCAAAGCAUUGCAUUUUUUAAAAACUUCCAUAAUGGGUUUAAUGAAUCAUUUCCGAUUUUUUUUCUUUCCGAUUUCAAUACGUUAAAUGUCAGCACACCUUACAAGGAUCCUGUAAUCAUUUCAGAUUAUUUUGAACACUGGGAUUUCUCAGGCUUGCUUCAAAGUGUAUAUGAAUUUGGACAGUCAGUUUUUGAAAUGAUGACAGAUGUUUUUGUCACGAUGUACAAAAAGUUUAGUGGUGAUCUCAAAGAUGGCUACUUACCACUUCAAGAGUCGCCAGUUCAUCUCCGUUCCAUGCCAAGCAAAAUAUUGUGCAAUGAACUUCAAAAUGCUUCAGAAUGCCUGCUGUUUCAGAAGACAUGUCAGCAAUGCUACGAAUCUGUGAUGAAAGACUGCGCUGAUGUGAUAGAGCUGCAUUUUAAGUCUGAAGCAGCCUUCAAGUUGGUUAAUGUAUCACAAGAGCAAUAUGAAGAUAUAGCACGGCUUAUGCAGCAGCACACUGAUGAAAUGUUUAACUUAGUGAGUCAAAUGAAAGACGAAUAUGGAUGGGUCACUGAACACAACAAUGUAACUUCUGGCUCAGACACCAUCUUCAGCAUAGAAAGGGUGUCACUCAGCCCAAACAAAGACACAAUUGUGGAAGCAAGAAUAUUUUCAUCCAAUACUUUCAUAAUAAGGGUCCCGGCAAAUACUGAAGUUGAUAAUCCUCAGUUUAUACAAUACAUUGUGGAUAAAGCAUUAGAACAUCAUAAAAACAAUUUUUAAAAACAACAGACCUUGCUUACUAAAUGGUCACAAAAACAUUAUAAGAUGCUCAU